GUAUUCUAUGACCGCAUACAUCUUCGUAGUCCCGCAGGAAGUGCAUCGGAUGGUGAUUUGCUCCGUUUCAUUAACGCGAUUUUAUUAUAAAUUAAACGCGUUUCGUCUUAUCGCAUUGCGCGGAGCUUAAAUCCGCGACGGCGCGAAAUGACGACGAUAUUUUUCGCGCGUACCGGCUUUUAUUGAAAUCACGCGAUGAUUCUUCCAUGUAACCCGCUGCAACCACGUGCUUGAAAAUCUCAUUCGGCCGUUACGCCGAAUUGCUCACGCAAAGCGUAAUACGGCGUCGAAAAUUCCGUUGGGUCGAAUAAAGAAAGGCAUGCUGAAAUGACGGAGUUCGUGGACGGCUGGUUUUUGGGGCAUGUCCUGGGCGAAGGAGCCUAUGGCGAGGUCAAACUGGUCGUCAAUAAGUCUACAGGUGAGGCUGUUGCUAUGAAAAUGGUUGAUGUUGAAAAACAUCCAGAUGCUAGGCAAACAGUUCGCAAGGAAACUGCUAUCCAUCGUAUGUUAUCGAAUCCUAAUAUUGUACAAUACUUUGGGAAACGCAGUGAGCCUAAUAUGGAAUAUAUGUUUUUGGAGUACGCUUCAGGCGGAGAGUUAUUCGAUAGAAUCGAACCUGAUAUUGGUAUGCCAAUGGGGGAAGCACAGAAAUAUUUUAGACAAUUAAUUUCUGGCGUAGAAUAUUUGCAUAGUCGUGGCGUCGCGCAUAGAGACCUUAAGCCGGAGAAUUUACUACUAGACGAUAAUGACAAUUUAAAGAUAAGUGAUUUUGGAUUAGCGACGAUAUACCGUAUACAAGGUAAAGAACGUUUGUUGGAAAAAAAAUGCGGCACAUUACCAUACGUCGCACCGGAAGUGCUAGUAAGAGCGUAUCAUGCGGAGCCUGCGGAUGUAUGGUCCUGUGGAAUUAUUCUCGUUGCCUUAUUAGCGGGAGAACUGCCAUGGGACCAACCCUUGGCAGAGUGUCCUGAAUAUAUCGCAUGGAAAUACGGGAAAUAUAUGUCUCUCACACCAUGGAAAAAAUUGGACAAUUCGUCGUUGUCGUUGAUUAGAAAGAUUCUUGCGGACUCGUCAUCAGCAAGAUAUAAAAUAUCAGAUAUUAAGCAGCAUAGGUGGUUUGUCACAAGCUGCACCAGAGACUGUGUUGAUGGGCAAAAACAGGCAUGGGCGGAGGACGAAAGUCUAAGAAAUGUCUGCUUGUCGCAGCCCGAAUUUCCUGGAAUGGAAAGUAUCAGUGCGACUGAAUUUAAUCUAACCGAACGUCCAACGUUUUCAUUUUCUCAGCCCGCUCAUGUAGAAGAUCUUUUAUUAUGUACACAAUUACAAGCGAUGACACAACCCAGUCAGCAAAAUUCCUUCCAAAGAUUAGUCCGCCGAAUGACUAGAUUCUUUGUCAAGAUAGAAUAUCAGGAUAUUGUAAAGAGGCUAAUGAGGUAUUGCGAGAAGGAAAAUUAUGUUUUCCGUGUUAAUGAGUUUGGCGUGGUGACGAUAUCGACAACGGAUCGACGCAAGAUGCCGCUCGUUUUUAAAGUGAACCUUAUAGAAAUGGAUGCAAACAUAUUAGUGGAUUUCCGCCUGUCCAAGGGCUGCGGCUUAGAAUUUAAGAGAGCGUUCCUUAAAAUCAGAGGCGCAAUGGAAGAUGUUAUUGUAAAGAGCUCUGUGGUGUAUUCAAAGAAUCAAUAGUUGACAGAUUUUAUAAUCGACGUGUAACAUGUAUUCUUUUUUAUAUUUUUUUAUAAUAAAAUGUUUUAAUGUUUUCUACAAA